AACAACGUUGGAAAUGAAAAAAAUGAUGCCAAAUUUAGCUCUCCCAUUGCGAGAUCCUGAAAAACUGUUAGCGCACUGUUGAAGCCAAAUUGAUUGCCUACCAUAUAUCCAGCUUGACCACUGAGUUUCUUGUUAAGAACCUGUAGGGAGCGAGGCAAAUUAAACCCUAAAAAGUAGGAGCCUUGUUCGAUUUGUUUACAUGAGUUUAUGUCUUUGAUCUUUAUAGCCCUAUAAAAAUUCAAUAAAUUUGUUUCGGCUUUUUCCCUCUGUGGGAUUUCUUUAUCAUAAGGGUUGAUAUGUUCCAAAGCGUCUCUCGCUGUUUCUUCUUUAAACACACCUCGUCGCUAUUGAAAACAACCCUCCCUUCGUAACAGGAAAAAGAGAUUUUUGUUUCUUAAACCACCACGGAAAAAAGUAUAUUGUGUACAUAUUUCAAUAUAGGUACCUCUGAAGAAUGAUAUCCACGUGUCGUUUCCGCAUUGCAGUCCAACUUGUUCUGUACCAGGUGAUCCACGAAAUAUCCGCACAACAAUGCAAUGGCGAAUAUUCCAUCCACGGCAUGAUGCUUAAGCAGCACAUUUAUAAGACGAUGAAGACUUCAAUCUCACUUGACUGUCUUCAGGCUUGUAAUGAUGAUGUCAAAUGUCAAAGCUUCAAUUACGUCAUUUCCAAAGACGUGUGUGAGUUGAAUAACCGCACCAAGGAAGCUAGACCUGAGGAUUAUGUCCCUGACUCAGACAGAUUCUACUACGGACGAGUUAGAAAAAGAGUCCCUCUUGCCUCCAUUCCUGAGCUUCCCGCUGAAUCAUGCAGAGAGAUCAAGGCGAGUGAAGGAAGACAAGCAGUCAGCGGCAAUUAUUGGUUUGAUUCUAUUAUACCUGGGAAUGUGAUUCUCGCUCACUGCGACAUGGAAACAGAAGGUGAUACCCCUUAUUUGAUUCAGUUUCUUUUUCAAUGUGUUAAGUAAUUUUUUUCGCAGCAAUAUGAAAUUAUGGAACGGAAUGAUGUUCUUGUUUUUGUUUCAAUUUUUGUUGUUCUUGUUUUUGUUGAUGUAAGUGGCAAAUACUGAUUGAUUCUCGAUUCUACCUGGGAGAGUGAUUCAUGCUCACUGCGGCAUGAUGAAACAAGUUAAAGGAGAUAAAUUCACUAUUACUUAAUGAAGAAAGUUUUAGUGUACUUUAUUUCAUCACUAGCUAGUUUUUUUUUUUUCGUCCAAACACCCCGUCCAUUGCAGAUCAAUUACUCUGAUCACCUCAGUCUUAUAAUUUGGCCCCGGGCCUGCGGGUUCGUCAAAUAAUUGUUCUGCCCGCCCCUGAUAAAGCACGAUAUUUUGCUCAACCUCGUCCAAUAAUUUUUAAUUGUUUGAUGUGUAGCUUUUGGACUAAAAUGUCCAUAUUUUAGUCAUCACAGAUAUCGACGAAUGUGUCACCGAC